AUGGAUUUAUUUAAAUCGUGUACAGAAGAACGAAAAUUCUGGAGUGAUGAUGAUAACUGGGAUGAAGACUUAGAUGGUUCGGAUGAUGAUGAUGAUGAUGAUAAUGAUGAUGAUGAUGAAUCGGAUGAUGAUUCGGAUGAUGAUUCGGAUGAUGAUGGUGAUGAUGAUGAUGAUGCUGCUGCUGAUGCUGAUGAUGAUGAUGAUAAUGAUGAUGAUGAUGAAUCGGAUGAUGAUGGUGAUGAUGAUGAUGAUGCUGCUGCUGAUGGUGAUGAUGAUAAUGAUGAUAAUGAUGAUUCGGAUGAUGAUUCGGAUGAUGAUGGUGAUGAUGAUGAUGCUGCUGCUGCUGCUGCUGAUGAUGAUGAUGAUGAUGCUGAUGAUGAUGACUCGGAUGAGGAUGAUAACUGGUUUAGUAAUGCACUUUUUGAAUCAAACUCUACGGUUAUGAAGUAA